CGACGGGUCCGGCAACGCCACCAAAGGUUUUUGUUUACAGCACGCCGGCUGCAGUUUUUAGGGAAUUAAAGUGUUAUUUAUUCGUUAUUUUAUACAACUGCUAGACCUACAAAAUCACUAUGUCGCAAACAAUGCCGCCAGAAAACCUUAGCAGCCGCCUGUUGACGGUGCUCAGUUUGCCUCUGCUGGAUCGUCUGCACGAGCUGAGCAUUCUGUUCGACCGCUGCUCCCUUCGUCAAAUCCAGGAUAUAUUUCCUCACAUUGUGCACUCCAUAUUUGGAAUAAAUGGGAAUCCUUUGGGCUGGGGCCUGCGGACGACGACGUUGGAGAACAGUCCAAUGCAAUUUCAGACUCUGCAUCAGUUCUUUGGCGUUUGUGGUCCAUGGAUGCAUUUGUGCCACCGCCUCCUCUUAGACCAAUGCAAAUUCGAGUUGGACGUCAACCUCCUGCCGGCCAAGUUUGUGAGCAUGCUGCAGUCUGGUCAGAACCCCCGUUUCUAUGCGGAGCUCAUCAAUAUCGAUCCAUUGAGGCACCAGGUGGCGACACUCUCGCUAAAUGCUUUCGAUUUCUACGUGAUCCACUUUGUGCUGUAUGCACUGCAACCGCUCCACUCCAUCAAUCCCAUCGCCAUGCAAAUUCAUAACGUGCGCAGCAAAACGAUCUACCUUAAGUUGGUUUCGGAGUACCUUAAUAACUUCCUGCCCCUAAUUCCCGAUGCCCGGAUAGAACCUGUACAUUUUAGUGGCGGGGUGAAGGCUCCACAGCCGCUGCCCGCACAGGCAUUGCAGCCACAAAGACAGCCGCGAUACAUCAAGAUCCCCAGCUCCUUUCGCAACGGAGGGAACGUUUCGGGCGGAGGAGGUAGUCCAAAUGCCAGUGGUGGCGGCGGUAACGCCUCACCACAGUCCAGCAGUCAAAAUGCCAGUGCAAACAGGGCUUACGCUUGGCGCUCCGAGACUGUACUGCACUUCUUCGUGGACAUCUGGUUGCGCUAUGACAUCGAGUCAGAACACCAUUUGCCAAGCAGCGAUUUUGUGCGCGGCGUAAGGACGUUGGUCAAGCAGGUUCACUUCUUUGCCAAUGGUGCCCAGCAUGAUCAUAGUUCACUGUGUGCGCUGCGUAAAGUCUCUUUAAGCAUGGUAAAGGCGAGGAUCUACGCAUUUCUUUGCGGUUUGAUCGAUCGUUGGCCCCUUGACAGCUCCCUGAUGGUGGUUCUGGAGCUUUGGCUUAGUUACAUCCAACCGUGGAGGUACACUAUGGCAGCGCUGAACAACAAGUCGUCCAGCCUUGCCUAUAGGCCUCCUAUUUCGUCCAGCUUCGAUGGCUUUAUCAUCGACAAUCUGAUUAUGUACACGCACAUAUUCAUGCAGCUGCUGCCGCACUUUGGGCGCCUGGAUUAUACUGUCUAUCGUAAUGCCUUCAUGUUGUAUCGACUGGCUACUAUUUUUGCUCAGCAUGAUCUUGUAGAGCGAUUGCAACGGUUCGAGCGUCUACAUGCAGGCAAUGCCUAUGGCUUUGACUCCCCGCAGCGACAGGUCAACAUGAUGAACAAAUCCUUUUCACCGGGCUCUCAAUGGAAUCACGUAGUCAACACAAACUCGACAAAGUUAUUCAGUCACCCCAUGCAAAUGCAGAUGGAGAGCUUUCUGUUCCUGAUCAGCAUGGCCCGAAAUUCAGUGCUCAGAGACAUUGCUUCGUUAAGAAAUGAUAUUGCAGAAAAGCAGCGUUCUGAGGGAUUCCUAAAGAACUUCUUUAACAAGAUCUUUGGCGAUUGCACCCAGGAUGAAAUAACCCUUCGUGAAUUCAGUCGCAUUCCGGAGGUCCUGCGGCAAUGUAUCGAUGCUUUCUGCAAAACGUUUAAUGUGGAUCAAGCCAACCUGUCCAUGCAUGAGAACCUGCCAGAGGAACCUUGUCCGCCUGCCUCCAAAACGAUGCCAAAUUUUAGCUUUUUUGACUCGAGCAACUCCUUGGACACCUCCAAGCUAAAUCCGCACCAAAUGUCUCUUAAUGCCUCCAAUAUGCAUGCCACUGUUGAUCCCGCAACUUUGCCUAUCCAGACAAAUGAAAUCAAGCCGCUCGUGAGGAUACUGCACUUUAUCUCUGACAAGAUUAACAACAAGUAUGGCGGCCAGAUCCAAGCUUUCUAUGCCCGCGAAGAUUAUUGUGGAAAGGUUGCGAGGCAAGUGCUCUAUGCUCCCAUGACGGAGCAGUGGUUUGACAAAAGCACUGGACAAGUGGAAAUAUGUGAGAACCCGGUGCCUCCGCGAGUUUGCCUUCGAUCCCUGGGCUCUAUUCCCGUUCUCAUUACAAUGACAUGUGCCAUGAUAUUUGGACAGCUAUUGUGGGGUGCCCCUACCAUAGGACUUAUAAUUCUAGGCACCAUACUGUUAGUCUACACUUUGCUGCAGGCGCUGUUUUCUUAAUUUGAAGUUUUUUACUAGAUAGAUUACUAAAGGUGUGAAAUUUAUAUAUUUGUAUAAAACUAAAGAAACUACGAUUAUGAUUACCAUUA